AUGUCAUUUGUAGACUUCUAUCCUAUUCUCACGUUGCCUCGUGUGAGUGACUUGCCAUUGCACUCACGUGUCAUUGUGUCACCCCUCAGCAGUAUCACCGAAACGAACAUCAACAUUGCUAUUUCCAAAUCCAACAUCUCCUCCUACAUCUUAUAUCCAUCUCCAAGAUUGGUUUGGUCAUAUCCGAUUUCUCCUUCAAGUGUCGUUGAAUGUAUGGACGUCAAGGAUGAUCUGUAUAUGAUUGGAAUCACCGACAGAAAGACAUUCAAGUUGUUGAGCUUGAACAAAGGAUCUGAAGAAAGUAACAGCAUCAAACUCAAGCAUCGCAUUGCCAAUAUUAAAUUUGAAGAGUUUGUAUGGGUUGUGUUGGGAAACGGCGAUGUUCUCAAGAUAGAUCCCGCUUCCUUGGAAGUGAUAGAAACAAUCUCCAACGAUGAACAGGGCACUCACGUAUUUUCAAACCUCGAUAAGCACAUUCUAGUUGUAACUAAGGUUUCUGAUCAAUUAAGUUAUAAGCUUAUUCACAAUGGAGUUGUCACCCACUACGAAGCCUACACCGACAGCUUGUUCGAAUUCAAUGACAAGCACAUCUACAGAUUUAACAAAAGCACCAAAACUAUAGAGAAAGUCGACCUCACUUUCAAAGUGCAAUACUCAGUUGACUUGUCCCACCUCUUGGCAGAAGGCCCAUUUUCAUUGCUGGUGCCGAGUGAAGACAGAGUGGUUAUUUCCGAUAACAUCAAGAUGCAUUUGGUCAAUUUGAAAUAUGAAAGUAAACUAGCCGAAUUUCAAUUUGAUGAUAACUGUGAUCAUGAAAUUUUGACAUCCAUUAAAGUCAAAGGGAACUCUCUCAACACAACAGACACCCGUCUUUUCUAUUUGAAAUUGAAUUCCAAAAAGAACAAGUUGAACUUGAACUUACUCAAUCUUAACAUCGAAGUUAAUACGCUAUUGGCGAACUUAAAUAAAGGGUUUAAGCCAAAUGAAAACCGUGAGAUUUUGCAAUUGACCAAUUUAAUCGAUGAGGUCUACGAAAUCAAAAAAGACACAGCCGUUCAUAAGCUUGUCACCUUAUACGGAAAGGAUUUGUCAAAGUUCGAGAUUCAAGCCAUCAGGUAUUUAAAGGACCAGGAAGUCAAACCAUCCCAUUACUAUAGUUUUGAUUCCGAAGACAAACCAGUCGAUCCCCAAGCUAUCGAGAAGUUUGUCAGUCUAAUCUUUUCCAAAGAAAAUGAUACACUCACGAUCAAGGGCAAGGUUCCCAAAUUCAUCUUGUACUAUUUAUUGAGCCACAAGCUUUAUCCUUCUCAGUACACCAAGGGCCUCUUGAGGUUAUUAUUGUCUACUGGAAACUUAAGACUUUUGAAACAAAGUAUAACCUUUACUCCAGGAAUCGAUGUGUCUGAUCUUGUGGAGGUCCUUAUUUACAGCGACAACAGCACAGUGACGAAUGACAUUUUAGUAAGGCUCAAUGAUUAUAAAGUGGAAGAAGUCAUUGAGAUGUUCAAGACCAAGUUGAGUGAAGGUGAGAAUGUGAAUGGUCUUAUCAAGAACUUGAUUGAAUUGAACAAUUUCAACAGUUUCAAGUUGUUGAAAAACCUCAUUGAUUUGAAUGGACUUGUAUCCAGUAUGAGGACCGAAGUGAUCCGUAAAUUAACAGAGUUGGUUAAUUACAAGAUUCGGCUAGUUGAGUUGAAUUCUUUGAACUUAAACUUGGUGAAUAACCGCAUCAAGUUGGCCGAUACUCGGGUGCCCAAAUAUUCGUUUGAACCACUUGAGAGCUGA